UUGACAAAGAGAUAAGCCAGUGUGGGCUGAAUUUUGCUCUGAACAUGACACUCUUAAAACCUUCAUGUGACAACAAAUCGCAUGCUGUUAAAUAAGCCAUAUAAACCAUAAAAUCUAAUUAUUUGGUUAAAACUGUUGACCCAGUUUGGAUUCUAUUCAUAAGCGCACAUGAGUGCUAACAGGCUCCAGCAACUCAAGGGUCAUAUUUUGCCAGAAAACAAGGCUACAGCAAUGGGCUCACCUAGUCCUCUGACCACCCAUGUGCUCAACACUGCCAUGGGUGUCCCUGGCUCCAAUAUGGCCCUUAGUCUCUAUCGACAAGACCCAUCCACAAAUGCCUGGAGUUUGAUAACAUCUGGAGCCACUAAUGAUGAUGGGCGUUGCCCAGGACUCAUCACAAAACAAAUGUUUACACCUGGUGUGUAUAAAAUGCAUUUUGACACUGCUCAGUACUGGGAGAGUAUGGGAGAGAACAGCUUCUAUCCAUAUGUUGAGAUUGUUUUCACUAUCAUUGACCCUGGACAAAAGUACCAUGUCCCUCUGCUGCUGAGUCGUUUCUCUUAUAGUACAUACAGAGGGAGCUAGAGAUCAAGCUGAGGAUUCCUCCUUCUUCUACCAACUAACACUUCACGAGCACAGGGCAACUGUAUCAAGAACAUCCAUCUAAGCACCAGCUGAACUAUCACAGUUCAACUAAUCCUUCAACUUGAAUUAUGUUUUAAUCAGUAUUUUUUGUAAAUUCAUAAACCUAUUAAACUAGGUGUUUCUUCUGUCAAA